GGCGCCGACGGGGCGGUGCAAGCAUCACGUGCCGCGGCUUGGGCCGCUGCCUUGGAAACGCGGGGCGCGCGCUUCCUGAACGUGAUAAAGCCCGGGGUCCGGGAGGAUGCUGCUGGUGGCCGGGAUGCUGCGGUACGGCCGCAGCCUGUGCAGCCUGGGAGCCGGAGCGGCUCUGCGGAGACCGGCAGGCCGAGGCGGCCUGCGCAGCGGGGGUCACGCCCGGGGAGUCAGCACCAGCUGGUCCCCGGUGGGCGCCGCCUUCAACGUCAAGCCCCAGGGUCGCCUGUGGCACCUGUUGGAAGAGCGCCGGGGUCUUUUUGGAGUUCCUGAGCUCAGCACCCCUGAAGGAUUCCAUGUUGCCCAGAAGGAGGCUUUGAGGAAGACGGAGUGGCUUGUCGAGCGAGCGUGUUCCAUGCCCCCAGGGCCACAGACGGUCACCAUCUUUGACGAGCUCUCGGAUUGCCUGUGCAGAGUAGCCGACUUGGCAGACUUUGUGAAAAUCGGACACCCUGAGCCCGCGUUCAGAGAGGCUGCAGAAGAGGCCUGCAGAAGUAUCGGCACCAUGGUGGAAAAGUUGAAUACGAAUGUGGAAUUGUAUCAGAGUCUCCAGAAAUUACUAGAUGAUAAAAAGCUUAUGGAUUCCCUGGAUGCAGAAACCAGGCGAGUGGCUGAGCUAUUUAUGUUUGAUUUUGAAAUAAGUGGAAUCCAUCUAGAUGAAGAAGAGCGCAAGAGAGCAGUGGACCUCAAUGUCAAGAUCCUGGAUUUGAGCAGUGCUUUUCUCAUGGGAACCAACUUUCCCAACAAAAUCCAGAAGCAUCUCUUACCAGAGCACAUUCGGCACCACUUUGCCCGCGAUGGGAGUUAUGCAGUCGUUGACGGUCUACAUGCAGAAGCCUCGGAUGACUUGGUUCGGGAAGCUGCUUAUAAAAUUUUUCUUUAUCCCAAUGCUGGUCAGCUGAAAUGUUUAGAAGAACUGCUAAGCAGCAGAGAUCUUCUGGCAAACUUAGUAGGUUAUUCUACGUUUUCCCACAGGGCCCUCCAGGGAACCAUAGCUCAGACUCCAGAGACUGUCAUGCAGUUCCUUGAGAAACUAUCUGACAAACUCUCGGAAAGAACUGCAAAAGACUUUGAGAUGAUGAGAGGAAUGAAAAUGAAACUAAAUCCUCAAAAUUCUGAACUAAUGCCUUGGGACCCUCCCUACUACAGUGGUGUGAUUCGUGCAGAGAGGUAUAAUAUUGAGCCCAGCUUAUAUUGCCCAUUUUUCUCCCUUGGAGCUUGCAUGGAAGGCCUGAACAUCUUAUUUAACAAACUGCUGGGCAUCACCUUAUAUGCAGAGCAGCCUGCAAAAGGAGAGGUGUGGUGUGAGGAUGUCCGGAAGCUGGCUGUUGUUCAUGAAUCUGAAGGGUUGCUGGGAUACAUUUACUGUGAUUUUUUCCAGCGAGCAAACAAGCCACAUCAGGAUUGCCACUUCACCAUCCGAGGGGGCAGAUUAAAGGAAGAUGGAAGCUAUCAGCUCCCGGUCGUUGUUCUUAUGCUGAACCUUCCUUAUUCCUCCAAGGACUCCCCCACCUUAUUAACUCCUGGGAUGAUGGAGAAUCUCUUCCAUGAAAUGGGACAUGCCAUGCAUUCGAUGCUCGGACGAACUCGAUACCAGCAUGUCACUGGUACCAGGUGCCCGACUGACUUUGCAGAAGUUCCAUCCAUUCUGAUGGAGUACUUUUCAAAUGACUACCGAGUAGUCAGCCAGUUUGCCAAGCAUUAUCAGACUGGGCAGCCACUGCCAAAAGCUAUGGUGUCUCGCCUCUGUGAAUCUAAGAAGGUUUGUGCGGCCGCAGAAAUGCAGCUUCAGGUCUUCUAUGCCGCCCUGGAUCAAAUCUACCAUGGCCAACAUCCCCUGAGGAAGUCAACCACAGACAUCCUCAUGGAAACUCAAGAACAGUUUUACGGUUUGCCCUAUGUUCCUGACACUGCCUGGCAGCUGCGGUUCAGCCAUCUCGUGGGAUAUGGUGCCAAAUAUUACUCAUACCUGAUGUCCAGAGCUGUCGCGUCCAUGGUCUGGAAGGAGUGCUUCCUGCAGGAUCCUUUUAACAGGGCCGCCGGGGAGCGCUACCGCAGAGAGAUGUUAGCCCAUGGUGGGGGCAAGGAGCCCAUGCUCAUGGUUCAAGGCAUGCUGCAGAAGUGCCCCUCCAUCGAUGACUUUGUGGAUGCCCUUGUUUCUGACUUGAAUCUGGACUUCGAAACUUUCUUCAUGGAUUCUAAAUAGCAGAACAUGGCUCAUGCGGAUAAGAAACUUAUCACCAGAUCCUAGAGCUAUGAAACUCCAUCUAAUAUCAGUUCACUGAGGAAAUAUUUUCUGACAAGCCUUAAAUUGACGGAACUUGGAAUAAAUAAUGUGUUUGAAUUACACUGUGUCUCACCUGCUUGGCAGAAUUUUGAGCAUUUUUUUUUUUAGUCUAUUUGUGAACCACAGAAGUUUCUAAUUAUAGAGUACCAAUUCCCAGCUUGGUGACUAUGUCCAGACUACACCGUUUCUGUUAUCUCUAAUUGAAUGAGUUGGAAACUGCAGAAAGCUAAAUUGUUGCGAGUCAGAACAAUUUGAAGAGUUCUCAGAAAGAACACCCCUAUUUUUUUUAAAGGAGGACUACCAUUUCUUAAGACCUCUAUUCUAAUAUCUUGGAUAGUCAGCUACAGCAACCAAGAAGCCAAACCCAAGUAUUGCCACUGACAGGCUGUCUUUCCAGGGUGUUUAGGUUCUACACCACUGGGCUCCGACUGGAAGGAUUUGAACUCAGUCUUUGCUGGCUUGACUGGGAAGAGACCAUUAAUAGGACAUGUGGUGGUCAAGUAGUGAGCACAUAGGAAACCGAUUCACAUCUUGUCAGUCAUCUCCCGGAUGUUGCGAAUAGGGGGAAAGAAAUUAUUCAUGGACUUAAGGUGUCUUCCCCACCAUUAAAGUCAAGCAGUUAAUUGUAGCUUUUCACUCUAAAGUGGUUUCUGGUGGUACCUCUUCCUGCUUCUCACUGAGUGGCCAGUGACAACAGAAAGGAGAGUCUUCCAACCUGGGACAUUCACAACACUCAGACUCUAGAAGCUUCUUACAAGCUCAUCAGACCGAAAGGUGUCCUCAGUGACCUGCUGUGCUGGCCCUGCAUGAAGGUGCUGACCCUUCUCACCUGCCCACAUGUGCACAUCGACAUCUGGAUUAAUGGGAUUAACGGGUUGGCACUCUGAGGCCCGCUUCCUAUAGCUAGGAUGGUGUAGUGUUGUCUGAGCCCCACUCUGAGGCUUGACACACCAGCCUAGGCAGCAUCCGGGAGCCUGUUCAGAGUCUGCCAGGAGCAAUCAAAGCAGGGCGGGUUGGGUGACGUUGGUGACAGAAUGGACUCCAAUGCCAAAGCCUGGCAGGGGUGGAGCCAAAUUCCACCCUGCUUAUUCUCCUUAUCUGAUUUGAGUACAGACGAUCUGAUUUUUGUAGACUUGCACUCACAGAUGCCAGCUCUGUUCCGGGAAAUGUCCUGGGAGUUAUCAAGCUGCUGUCAGCUGCAGAGCCAAAUAAAGAGGUGCUGUAACAGUC